AUGAUGCCAAGGACAAGUUCAUCAGUCCUCUUAGUGGGACUUUUGUGCCUAUGCUGCUGGGAAGCUAUGAUCACAAAAGUAGAAGCAGAAUACAUGGCAUACAAGGACCCUAACAAGCCCAUAAAUAUUCGAAUAAAGGACCUUAUGGACCGAAUGACACUAGCCGAAAAGAUUGGCCAGAUGACACAGCUAGACCGUCAGAACGUGACGGCUGAGAUCAUGAGGGACUACUCAAUAGGCAGCUUAUUGAGUGGUGGAGGAAGUGUGCCGCGACUGAGAGCUAAUCCACAGGAUUGGAUCAACAUGGUCAAUGAUUUUCAAAAUGGUUCGCUGUCAAGCCGGCUUGGAAUCCCUAUGAUUUAUGGCAUUGAUGCGGUUCAUGGCCACAAUAAUGUUUAUAAGGCCACAAUUUUCCCACAUAAUGUUGGACUUGGUGCUACCAGGGAUUCAGAACUUGUGAAGAAGAUUGGUGCUGCAACUGCUCUUGAACUUAGAGCUACUGGUAUUACCUAUGCAUUUGCACCAUGCAUUGCGGUCUGCAGAGAUCCAAGAUGGGGAAGGUGCUACGAGAGUUAUAGCGAGGAUCCUGAAAUCGUAAAACAGAUGACUGAUAUCAUACUUGGGCUGCAAGGCGAUAUUCCAGCUGGUUCAAGGAAGGGAGUUCCUUAUGUUGGUGGAAAGGAUAAGGUGGUAGCCUGCGCAAAACACUUUGUGGGAGACGGAGGCACCAUCAAGGGCAUCAAUGAAAACAACACUCUGAUUGAUAUGCAUGGAUUAAUGAGCAUUCACAUGCCUGCUUACUACCAUUCUAUCAUCAAGGGUGUGUCCACUAUCAUGGUGUCCUACUCCAGUUGGAAUGGAAAGAAGAUGCACGCUAACCACGAGCUCGUCACUAGAUUUCUAAAGGAUACCCUUAAGUUCAAGGGCUUUGUCAUCUCUGACUGGCAGGGUAUUGACAAAAUUUCCUAUCCACUCCAUUCGGAUUACCCAAACUCAGUUCUUGCUGGUAUUCAAGCUGGCAUUGACAUGGUCAUGGUUCCAUACAACUAUACCGAGUUCAUUGGUAUAGUAACCGACCACGUCAACAACAAACGUAUCCCCAUGAGCCGUAUUGAUGAUGCAGUUAGGAGAAUUCUGAGAGUCAAAUUCAUGAUGGGUCUUUUUGAGAACCCCUUGGCUGAUCAGAGCUUCGUUGACCAGCUUGGAAGCCAGGCUCACAGAGAUUUGGCGAGGGAAGCAGUGAGGAAGUCACUUGUGCUUCUGAAGAAUGGAGAAAAUUCAGAUACACCAGUCCUCCCACUCCCAAAAAAGGCCUCCAGGAUCCUAGUUGCUGGAACUCAUGCCAACAACUUGGGCUAUCAAUGUGGAGGCUGGAGUCUCACUUGGCAAGGAGUUAGUGGCAACAACUACACUGCUGGAACCACUAUACUCGGUGCCAUUGCUAGUGCAGUUAACGAGACCACGGACAUUGUCUUCAGCAUAAAUCCUGAUCCUAAUUUUGUCAAGGCAAGCAACUUCGAUUACGCGGUUGUUGCUGUUGGUGAGGUCCCUUACGCAGAGACAAGGGGAGAUAGUUUAAAUUUGACAAUUCCAGAACCAGGUCCGAGCAUUAUCACCAAUGUGUGCGGCGCAGUCAAGUGUGUUGUUAUCGUUGUCUCUGGGCGUACUGUUGUGAUUGAGCCCUACCUUUCGUCGAUCGAUGCUCUUGUGGCUGCAUGGCUUCCUGGAACCGAAGGCCAAGGAAUUAGCGAUGUUUUGUUUGGUGAUUAUGGAUUCAGUGGGAAGCUGCCUAGGACUUGGUUCAAGACAGCAGAUCAACUCCCUAUGAAUGUUGGUGAUAGACAUUAUGAUCCCCUCUUUCCUUUUGGUUUUGGACUUACAACUGAUCCGCUUGAUCAGUGA